GGGCGGGCUCUACGAUUUUAAGACGUAUUUCCGGAGGCACGCAUGCACGUGCGCGAAAGACUGCUGCUGUGCAGUCUUCGGUGUGUUUUGAACGUCACUAGAGGCAUAAACAAGUUUGGAUCCUCCUUGCCGUUGCCUGAACAAGUGUUGAACAAGUUGAAUGUAAAAAGAGUGUGUCAACUACAUUUGCGUUUCUUACACACGAUUGUAUUCAUACAAUCUCGCCAACGCUUUGCUUUAAUGUCUGAUUUGGAAAGUCCACCUCCUCCUGCCCUGGCCGGAGAGAAAAGAACUUGUCCAGAAGACGAGGAGCAAGACUUACCGUUAAAGAAACAAAAAACUGAAGCUGAUCAUGGCAACAGGGCUGCUCCCAGCCAAGAUGAGGAAACGUCUUGCUUGCCUGAAGAAGAAGCAGCAUGUGAGGGGGAGGAAGAGGAGGAUGGGGACACCUUUGCUGACAUGAUGAAGCACGGCCUGACUGAGACGGAUGUGGGCAUCCUGAAAUAUGUCAGCGACCACGAGGGCUUCUCUGGAAUCCUGAAGGAGAGGUACUCGGAUUUUGUUGUGCACGAAAUUAACAAACAAGGGAAAACGGUACACUUAGAUGACGUCUCUGUACCAGCAGACACAGAGGAGGUCCAGGGGGAGGAGCAUCAGCCAAAGGACGACGACGUGCUAACAGAGGAGCAGAAGAAGCAGCUUGGCGACCUGCAGCUUUAUAAGAACAAGGAAGGAACUGUCUCCAUUCAGGUAGUUGAUGAUACAAAAGAGAAGCGGACCCUCAUCCACAAAGCAAUCAAGACCCAAUUUCCUGGUCUAGAGACAAAAACUGAAGAGAAGGAUGGCUGCAGGUUCAUAGUGGCCUAUCAUGUUGCUGGGAAGAAGGCUUUAGCAGUCAAAGCAUCUACAGCUCCAAGAAAACACUUCUGGCCUAAAAACCGUGGUAGUUUUUGCCACUUUGUCCUAUACAAGGAGAACAAAGACACCAUGGAUGCUAUCAACGUGCUGUCAAAGUUUCUCAGGCUCAGACCCAACAUGUUCUCCUACAUGGGCACCAAAGACAAGAGAGCCAUCACAGUGCAGGAAAUCGCAGUGCUCAGGAUCACAGCAGACAGAUUAGCUCACCUCAACAAGUGCCUCCUGAACCUGAAGGUUGGAAACUUCAGUUACAAAAAUCAUCCUCUGAAGCUGGGGGAGCUGCAGGGAAACCACUUCACUGUCAUCAUCAGGAACAUCUCAGGAACAGGCGAGCAGGUCCAUCAGGCCAUGACGUCCCUCAAGCAGACCGGCUUCAUCAACUACUAUGGCAUGCAGCGCUUCGGCACCACAGCUGUGCCAACGCAGCAUGUUGGCAGAGCCAUUCUGAGGAACAACUGGAAUCAGGUGGUGGAUUUGAUUCUGAAACCUCGUCCUGGAGCAGAGAAAGAAUAUUUGGUCCACUGCAGAGAGGAGUGGGCUAAGACUCAGGACCCAGAGGCAGCCCUGAAAAAGCUGCCCAACAAGCGCUGCCUUGAAGGACAGCUGCUGCGAGGCCUGUCCAUGUACGGCAAGAAAAACAUCGUCACAGCCUUUGGACUGAUUCCUCGCAACAACCGCCUGAUGUACAUCCACAGCUAUCAGAGCUUUGUGUGGAACACCAUGGUGAGCCGCAGGAUCCAGGCUUUCGGUCUGAAGGCUGUGGCGGGCGAUCUGGUCCUCCGAGGAACCACCGCACAUGUGCUGUCUGCCGAGGAGGCCGAGCAGCACUCCAUCCAUGACAUUGUGAUGCCGCUUCCUGGCUUUGAUGUCAUCUACCCCUCUCACCACAUCGGGGACGGUUACAGAGAGCUGCUCUCGGCAGACGGGCUGGACAUCGACAACAUGAGGCACAAAGUGAGGGACUACUCUCUGGCUGGAGCGUACAGACGCAUCAUCAUCAGACCCACCGAUGUCAGCUGGGACGUGAUUCAAUACGAUGAUCCCAGGAUCUCUUUGGUUCAUACCGACUUUGAGAAAUUGGAGAACAAACCGGCUCCUGUUUUCAACACAGAGGGAAAGUAUCGAGCUCUAAGGAUGGAGUUCUCCCUGCCUCCCUCCACCUACGCCACCAUGGCAGUCAGAGAGGUCCUGAAACUGGACACCAGCAUCAAGAAACAGACCCAACUCAACACCUUGUGGUUCAACUGAAGCCCAAAAUGAAUUACAGCCACCAUUAUGUAUGGGCCACACACUGCAGUGAGUGUUUGGUGUGGAACAGAAACCAUUUUCCAUUUGUUCCAUGAGAAUCUUUAAUUUUUUUUAAAGCAAGGAAUAUAAUUUGACUUUUUUCUUUUUUAAAACUAUGUUUUACUUUGAAAAGUUUCUGUAUUUCAGUGAGAAACAUAUAAAAAGACAACUGGAAGCCUUUAAUUGUCCGGACGCACAAAAAAUGAAUGUUGACAGUUUAACAUCAUUAAGACUGUUUAUAUUAGCUGUUAGCCAACAAGAAAUUAAAAUGGUCAAGAUUUAGUAUAAAA